CAUAUUAAAAUGAUGCUUAAUAUUUAGUUUCAUUAACAAUUUUUGAAAGAAAUUUUAACUCAGUAUUUUUGCUGACAUAGAAAUUGUGAUGUUUUUACCUGUAUUUAUGUUUUUCUAGUAUGGUCAGGAAGAAAUACGAUGAAGCCAGCAUAAAAAUGGCCAUUUCUGCUGUAAAGCAGAACAAGAUGAAGAUUAGAAAAGCAGCGGCGGAAUACUGCGUCCCAAAAUCAACUUUAUCUGACCGUAUUCGGGGUCGUUAUGAAACAUCAGUAAAGGGGCCGAGUCGGCAGAUUACGCCCGAGGAGGAAGCUGGUUUGGUUAAUUACCUGUUGCACAUGGCAAAUCAGGGAUUUCCACUAAAUAGGCAAAUGACCAGAGCAUAUAUUCAGACAAUUGUUAAACGUUCUGGGCGGACCACACUUUUUAAUUUAGAUAAAGGGCCUUCAAAUCAGUGGCUGAAAAAAUUCAUACAGCGGCACCCGGAAUUAUCGGAAAGAAAACCAGAAAAUUCCGACAAGGCAAGAUGUUCAAUGUCUAACAGGAAAGUAAUGGCUGAUUUCUUUGUUCUUUUGGACGACAUUCUUGGAAAAUAUGGCGUCAAAGACAAGCCGUCGCAGAUUUUUAAUUGUGACGAGACUGGAUUUUCUGGGAGAGAAACAGCCAGAUCAAAAGUUAUUGGACCGAAAAAGGGACACGUAUUUCAACGAAGAGCCACAAUGACUGAUCAUAUCACUGCGCAUUUAUGUGUUUGCGCAGAUGGCAGAUUUUUACCAACCAUGGUUAUAUACCAGGGUUCGCUUCCACACCGUAAAUAUACUGAUGGAAUACCAGAUUGCUGGGGAUAUGCAACCAGUGAAAAUGGCUACAUGGACACCCAGUUAUUUCAAAGAUGGUUUGCAGAUUUUUUCAUUCCCAACUGCUGCUGGGAGCGUCCUGUUGUCCUUUUAAUGGAUAAUUGUGACGCACAUAUCAGCGGUGAAGUAGUCAAAACAGCCAUUGCAAAUGAUGUAGUGUUGGUAGGACUUCCGGGACACACCACUCAUAUCCUACAACCUCUUGACGUAAAAAUAUGUAACGUUCAUGUAAUUUUCUGA